UCUCCAACCAUUUCUCUCUCUCUCUCUCUCUCUCUCUAAUAUACACUUUGAGUUUGACCCGUUGCCAGCCAUGGGCAGCUCUUUCUCUCCACCAAUGGAGACCCCACCCUCCAAUCUCUGGAGGAUCUCCUAAGUGGGAACAUAUGCUGAACCCCGCCUCUCUUUUAGAGCAGAAAGCUUAAAUAGCCUUUCCUCUCUCAUUUCUCUCCUUUUUUUUCUUCCCCGGAACCCUAAUUCAAAGCACAUGGGAGAGGAGAAGAAAACUCCAAUAUCUCUUGGAUCUCCACCUUUCCCCUCUGCCCAUCACAAUAAAGAUCCUCCGGCAUACUGAUCUUCCUCUUACCCUUUUUUCUUUAUUUUUUAUAGGAGAAACUCUUGAGGAGGAGUUCUGAUUGCAGAUCAGGGCUUUAAAGAUAUGGGGACUUUAUGAAAGCUGUUCUAGAAGAUCUCUCUCCAUUUACUUCAUGGAUUCUUUUUGGGUAUCCUCAUAAUUGAAGUUUUCAGAUUAUCUUUUUCCCUCUGCAACUUUGCAACCAUCACCAUCUCUUUGCAGGUUUCAUCCUCUCCUUUUUUCCAUUUUGUUUAUUAUUAUCGCCGUCCUCCUUUCCAAGUUAAAGCUAUGGAUUCUGGCAACAGUAGUAGUAUGCAAUCUUCGAGUGGGGGGGAUGAAGAGUAUGAGUCAAGGCCCGAGUCGAUCCCGGCUUUCUUGAAUCCUUCUGGCCACUUUGGUUCAGUCUCAUCAAACCCACAGCCACCACCUUUUCCUCACCACCAAAACCACCCACCUACUUUGUUUGAUCCUCGAUCAAAUUAUGUGGAUGCUUUCUCUCAAUCAUCAGCAAACCCAAAUGCAAAUUCCUUGUUAAAUCUCGACACGGUUUGGUCCAGAGGCCUAAGAUCUGAGCCGAAUUGCACUGACUUUGGGAACCUCACAGGCUUGUCUUCUUCCUCAACAUCAUCAUCAGGCCAAUCUAUGUUAGGGGUUCAAGGACCCGGUCAGGGCCAAUUCCCAAGUUCAUCUUCCACGAGGAUGAUGUCAGUCCAUGAAAAUGGUGGACGUGCUUCGUCUGCUUCACUGCCCUCUGAUCAAACCAACGUGGUCCGAAGCUCCAAGAAGCGAACCAGGGCUUCAAGACGGGCACCCACAACUGUACUCACCACCGACACGUCCAAUUUCCGAGCAAUGGUGCAAGAAUUCACUGGGAUCCCCGCUCCUCCAUUCUCCGCCUCACCCUACUCUCGCAGGCUCGAUCUCUUUGGCGCUGGCUCAUCCAUCAAGCCGGGACAUCUGGAACCACUGGGGCCUCUCUAUCCUUUACGCCCUUCCCCCCACAAGGUUCAGCCAAACCUAUUUGUAUCUUCAUCUUCCUCCCCAUCUCCUUCUUUCUUCAACUCUACUAUCGGUGACUCUAUUGUUUCUACUACUAAUAUUGCCACUACCUCUACUAACAACAUCAUUACCACUUCCAUGGCUGCUGCCACCAACGCUAUCAAUUCAGGUUCUAAUACCUACCAACUACCUUCUGAUCCUGGGUUUCCCAAACAACCUCAAAAUGUACUAGGCAUGCAAAACCCAAUCCUCUCUUUCCAGUCUCUCCUGCAGUCUCCACCUUCCCAUCCGCUCAAGUACCCUUUAGCCGAUGUACCGGUUUUUGGCACCAAGUCUCCGGCAAGUUUAACCUUACCCUUACCUUCCUUUGAGGAAUUGGGCGUGCCCCAUGGACACGUUAAUGCAAACAUUAGCGGGCUCCCAAGUCAUGCAACUUCUGGUGGGUCGAGGCGGCUCAGGACAGACGAUAAUGGAACAUGCUGGAGGGAUGGAGCGGGAUCCAACGAGGGGAGUCGAGAACAGUUGAGGCCGUUCAAUGGAAAUUAUGGUGAUUCACCCCAGGUUAGUAGCUUUAAGUUGAACUGCUCAGCUUCUUCAUCAGCUUUCCACCCUGAGAAGGGAUCAGAUAACGUUUCCUCUAGGGGUGAAGGUACAGUGGAUUCAUGGAUUUGUCCUUCGGAUUAGGAUUUGUGCAGCAAUAAACAGUACAGAGAAACUACAAUGAGGAAGAACUGUUUUACAGCAGAGAGGAUGAUGAUGUUGGGUCUGUCCUUCAACAUUCAUCAUCCCUCGUCUUUAGCUAAGUUAUGGCAUCAUAUAUUAUCUUAAUUAUAUGUAAAUAUGGUGUCUUCUCUCUGAUUAAAUAUCCAUAGAAUGAUUACAGAAAUUAAAGUUUCCUCUAUAUAUUUAUAUGUAUAGUUAUUCAUUUCUUUUU